AACUAGAGAAACAGAAGAGAAUUAAGAGGAACCAAGAAUUGGAAACAGUGGCCAAAGAACAUUAUAAGAUGGUCUUGCUAAGAAAUAAAGGUCUGGAGCCUUGGAAGAGAUUGAGAAUGCAAAGUAAACAAAAUAUCCAGGUGGCAGAAGAACAUCACUCUUUGGCUCUACAGAAGAAAAGCCUGCUGACCUGGUUCCAGUAUAGUCAGGAAAGUCUGGUUAGGAAGAUGACCCAGGCUGACCAGUUUUAUACCCAACUGUUGCUCAGGAGAAUCUUCAAGGGCUGGCUACAGUAUACAACUGACCUGGAGGAAGAAGUAAGAAAACUUUGUGUACAUUUCCUUCAGAAGAAGAUUUUUGGAGCCUGGCUUACCAUGGUCAGGGAGGCGACGAUCAAUUCUCAGAGCAAGCAUAAGAUUGCAGCGGAGCAUUGUGACAGGAAGACUCUCAGCAUCACAUUUCAGACAUGGAAGAAGUUCAUAAAAUUUAUGACAGAGGAAAGAGUGAAAGAAGAAACAGAGCAGCUCCGCAGGAAGGUCGCUGAAAUUCUUCCAGACUUCCGCCACUGUGAUUGUUAG